GAAACAGCUAUUUGUUUAAUAGAGGCCGUCACCCAAAAACAUCUCUGAGCCUCCCUCGGACCGCCACACUCCAGGAGAGAGGAGCUGGAAAGCCUGAAGCCAGCUGAGGGGAACUCUGGAGCCUUGAGGCCAUCUUAGCUCUGUCUAGAAGAGAACUGCCAUGUGCACGGGGAAGUGUUCAAAGUGCAUUGGGAUUACCCUGUUCCCACUGGCGACAUGUGCCAUCAUCUCCAACAUUCUCCUGUACUUCCCCAACGGACGAGUUCUGCAGCUCAGCGAGAUAACCGAUCUGGUCUGGUAUUUCCAUGGCAUUCUAGGAGCUGGGAUACUGGUUAUUUUGCCGGCAUUCAUGAUGCUGGGAGCAGGAGGAGCAGGAUGUUGCGCUAACAGAUGUGGGAUGCUGCUGUCAGUGAUUCUGGCUGUGCUGGGAUUUGCAGGAGGAGCAUAUUGUGUGGUCAUCUCCUCACUGGGGCUGAUUGGGGGUCCUCUGUGUGACACAGGUGAUGGAGAAUACCUCUACCCUUUCAGGAAUGACACACUGAAAGACAAUUACUUGUUCAACCAGACAACAUGGAGUAUUUGCAAAGAACCUGAAAACAUCAUCCUUUGGAAUAUUGUUCUUUUCUCUAUCCUCCUGGCCAUCGGUGUGAUUGAAGCUAUUCUUUGUUUUAUUCAAGUCAUCAAUGGACUUACUGGUUUCAUAUGUGGCACAUGUAUGAGGAGAAGAAAGACAAAUAUUUCUGGGAUGUGAAUGACCUACAGGGAAUGCCAGGACAAGCCCCGAGCUGCCGAUUCACAUACAAUAAGGAUAGUGCACUGUACUGUAUUUAUGGGGGAACAACAAACUAAAAACAAAAUAUUCAGGAGUUUUUGGGGGCAAAACGAAUUUUUUAUAAAAGAUGUCAGGGUGGAAAAGGGCUAGAUCAUUUAGAUCUGAGACUCCACAUUUUCAUCUCUGUAACUAUACCUGCUAAACCUCAGGUACUGGCAAAAACGUUAUUCUACCUGGUCCUGACUUGCGUAUUAAGCACAACAAUCUUCAGAUAAAAGAUCACCACUUGCCCUCUUGUGUAUGUGGGAGAUGGAACUGUUGUUAAUGUAUAUAUUUAUCAACUGCAUGAAGCAGGCACUCUCUGGCUGAUGUAAAUAACGUCCCAUCCUCCCCAAAUCCCACUGUGGCUCACCUGUCCAUUCCUAUUAACUUGCUAACUGGGCACUCACAGAUUUGAAUUAGGAUGAGCAGAGAAUAUAUCAAGCAGUUUUUGAGACACUGCAGAGGCAACUGAAGAACACAGCUUUCAGCAUCCUUCAGCCACCCUGGAGCCAAAUCCCCUCGUGCCAUUCAGUAGCUUGCUCUCAUGUUUGACAAAGUCCAGUGCACUUCUAAAUCGGUUCUUCAGGAGUAUCUGAGAGAUGUGGGAGCCUUUGAGGGGCAUUUGGGUCAAUAUAGACAGCAGGGUUUGGAGCAAGGGUUUAGAAACAUCUGGUUUAACACAGGGGUGAAAACCAUUUUGCCCUCAUGAGACUACAUAGGAAUUUCACUAACUUCCACACAGGUCUGUAGGGCUGCUCUAGAAUAGAUCAUAUGGCCAAACCAAUUGACUAGCUAAAGAUAACCAAAGAUAAAGGUAGCAAUUAUGUUCAGCUUAGUAAAAAACAAAAGAUAUAAUCUGAUGGCAACAAACUGCAUCAGUUUUAGUGUUAUAGUAACAGUUAUCCCAACCAGGAUCUGCAUAAUCGCACAAGCCCUUGAUCUUGAGCUAAAGUCCGUGACUGGAAAAUUUCAGAAAACCCAUCAUUUCAGUGACUUCCUCAAAGGUUAAUUCUUGGACAUGAACUGUCUUCCCUCAGUCAGCCUUUUAAUCAAUCUUUACCCGUGCUGAACAUAUGUACACAGCUAUGAAAACCUGAAUAUAUUUAAAGUACUUGGAGCCUAUUUUCAAAGAGAGACAUUUGUGUUUUCUCAGUCAUAGUUGUUAAUAUUUCUGCAUUGGAGUAAGCUAUUUGAACACAGUGAUUGCAGACACACACUGUUUGUGCUGUCCUCCAAUGUAGUAUACAAAAUGUUUCAUAUAAAUGUCUCCUUUAUACAAAAAUGGGGAAGAAGUUGCCUAGAUGAGGAGCAUAUGUACUUUGGAGCACAGUUUUACCUCUAGAAGCAGGAAAUUUGACCCAUAAAACUUAAAAGCACCUUCUGUAAAAAAUAAAGCAUAAGACUUGUCCAAGUUUGUAAUCAUCACUAGGUGCAUCCAAACCUGCUAGGUGGCUUAAAAAGCUCAUGUUCAUUGUCAGCAGUGAAGCCUGGACAGUGCUACCACAUAAAGGAGACAUCAAACCAGGAAAAGAGUCAAGGAGGCAGCUAGAAAUAUUCACAUGUAGUCAGGUGGAGAGAGACUCCUUCACCAGCAGAGGGGCUCUAUGAACUCUUCACAGUCCCUACCCUCAUCCCUUAGCUUUGACUCCCUGACUCUCACCUCUCUGAUAAAGCCAAUUUGGGCUGUGCCAGCACCAGGAGACGGAGAUACCCACUGGCACACUUCCAGCACAGAAAAUUAAGUGCACUGUACUGCUGCCAUCUGCUUGUUCCAAGCUGUCCCGCUCUGGAGAUAUUUAGGGCCAUGUCUCUGUGCUCCUGGGGACACCCUCUGUCCUGCCAACGUGAUCACUGGCCUCACUAAUAUAUGUAAACAUUAAAUAUUGUUCUUCUGAA